AGAAAAGGCACGAAAACAGAGCAAACCCCAACCGCGAACUGCUCCAGUCGGCUUCGUCCUUCCUCCCUCCCUCGCUCCGGAGCCCGAUCAAGCAUCCUAUCCUAUGGCUCCUCUCCUCUCCCCGCCGCUGCUCGCCGACAUGGUGGCCAAGUCCCAUUCCUCCUCCACGGCCAUCCGCUGUUCCGGCAGUGUCCGGCGAUGGGCAGUCGCAGGGUUGUCUAGCGCCGGUAGGAAAGAGCGGCACCGGAAACGGAGGGCGUGGGGGAAGAGGGGCUUGCGGGUGUUGGCGGUGGCGACGGAGUCCCGCAGUCCGGAUGGGGGCGCCGCGGAAGAUUACUACUCCGUUCUUGGCGUUAUGCCAGAUGCAACACCCCAACAGAUCAAGAAAGCGUACUACAACUGCAUGAAAGCAUGCCAUCCGGAUCUCAGUGGGAACGACCCCGAUGUGACGAACUUCUGCAUGUUCAUCAAUGAGGUUUACACGGUGCUUACUGAUCCCAUCCAGCGAGCGGUGUACGAUGAGAUCCAUGGCUACACUGCAACAGCAACCAACCCUUUCUUGGAUGAUGCGCCUAGGGAUCAUGUGUUUGUCGAUGAGUUUAGCUGCAUAGGAUGCAAAAACUGUGCCAAUGUGUGUUCCAAUGUUUUUGAAAUCGAGGAAGAUUUUGGGCGUGCGAGAGUUUACAACCAGUCAGGCAAUCAAGAGCUAAUCCAAGACGCCAUUGACAGCUGUCCGGUUGACUGCAUCCAUUGGACUUCAGCUGCACAACUUUCACUACUUGAGGAUGAGAUGCGCAGAGUAGAGAGAGUGAAUGUAGCAUUGAUGCUUGCUGGUAUGGGAAGUUCAGCUGAUGUGUUCCGGAUGGCAAGUAGACGCUGGGAGAAAAGACAGGCGAAAGUCUUGGAUAAGGUCAGGAUGCGGAUGAGCCAAGAUGAUUCUAACAAGGGAAGCUCAUGGAGUGAUAUAUGGGGAUCACCAACAAGAUAUCAAAAGAAUGAAGAGGACACCAAUGAGAGAGUGAAGCGAGCGGCCGCCGCAGCGAGGAGGUGGCGAGAGUACUCGAGGAAAGGUACAGAUAGGCCUCCUACAUUCAAACUUCCAGAGGCAGCGUCCAACAAGGAAUGAGAACACAGUUACACAUCAAUGAGAUGUUUCAUAAAGUGAUGGUUGGUUAACCCCUCGUUUACUCCAUGUAUAGUCUAAUUAUUUGCAGAGAGCUGUAUAGCAUGUGCUCUCUCGCUCUCUCUCUCCCUCGUUUCCACAUGUUACCGUAUCUGUAAAUCAUGUGCUAGAGUUAGUUCAUGUUAAUCAAUGAUUACCCAUAGAAAAAAGGUUCAGGAUGUAAAACAAGUGUACAAAGACAGUAGACCCUUGUGAAAAGGCAAAUCAUAUUACUAGGAGACGACGGUUUGUGAAAAGGCAAAGAAACUUCUUCA